UACGGGGACAAAUGAUUCUCACUGACACAGCAGACGACUGGACCAAUGAGACGUACACAUGGACGGGUUCUGGAGGCCUGGUCCUGUUUGGACAUGGUCUUUACACAGAAAGGAGGUGUGGAUUGACAGGUGAGACCUGGCCACACCCACUAAUGCACACAGUCCAGGUAGGAGCCACGGCGUUGCACCUGCACCUCAGGCCUUAGUGUCAGGGCGAAGGAUGGCGCUGCCCACAGUGGAGGACCGGGUCUGCAACCAAUCAGAGGAGGACGGGGAACUGACCCGGUUCAGCAGUCCUGGAAAUGAGGAGGAGGAGGAAGAAGAAUAUGUACGUCUACCAAGUCAUGGAGACACCGAAGACGAAGACAAGGAGGAGGAGCAGGUUCUACUGGAAGUGCUGUGUGCAGACAGAGUCGGACAGAUGACCAAGACCUACAACGACAUUGACGCCGUCACUCGACUGCUGGAGGAGAAAGAGCGAGACCUGGAGUUGGCGGCUCGCAUUGGCCAAUCGCUGCUGAAGAAGAACAAAGCCCUGAGCGACAGGAACGAGCUUCUGGAGGAGCAGGUGGAGCAUGUCCGUGAGGAGGUGUCUCAGCUGCGUCAUGACCUGUCAAUGAAGGAUGAGCUGCUGCAGUUUUACACCAACGCCGCUGAGGAAAGCGAGGGGGAGUCGGCCACGCCCACACCCGUUCGACCAACUGAACCAAAUGUCUCCGCUCCAACGUUUUUCCCUCUGGAUUCUUUGCAAAAGAAACUCAAAGAUCUGGAGGAGGAAAACAAAUCCCUGCGAUCCGAGGCUAGUCAUCUGGAGACAGAAACCAUGUCGUAUGAGGAGAAGGAGCAGCAGCUGGUCAACGACUGCGUCAAGGAGUUACGUGAUGCCAACCUGCAGAUUUCAUCUCUUGCUGAUGAACUGAACAGAAAAACUGAAGACGCGUCGCGGCAGCAGGAGGAGAUCACCCACCUGCUGUCACAGAUUGUAGACUUGCAGAAGAAGGCCAAGCUGUACGCUGUAGAGAACGAGGAGCUGACGCAGCAUCUGGGAGCAGCUAAAGACGCCCAGCGCCAGCUGACGGCCGAGCUGCGAGAAUUUCAGGAUAAAUAUGCAGAAUGUAUGGAGAUGCUCCAUGAGGCUCAGGAGGAGCUGAAGAACCUGCGAAACAAAACGUUACCGCUCAGCACAUCGCGGCGUUUCCAUUCGCUGGGUCUGUUCCCGAUGGACUCUUUAGCCGCAGAAAUAGAAGGAACCAUGAGGAAGGAGCUUCAGAUGGACGAUCCAGAGGUAGAAGAACAGAGACUCCAUCCCAAGAGGGUUUUCCAGACCGUCAAGAACCUGAACCUGAUGCGUCAUCAGCGUUCGUCUCUUGCCCCCUCCCCCCUCAACAUCCCAGGCUCCAAUCAGACGUCGUGUUUCACCUCAGGUCGCUCCAGCAGAGCAGGCACGCCACGCUCCAACUCCAUAUAUGGUAGCGAGACAGGUAGUGGGAUGAUCCUGGACAACCGGAGCAGCACAAUCCUGGAGAUCUCAGAUGAUGGGUCAGAGGACUCAAACAAACGUCCCCCCGGGACCCCCGGGACCCCCGGAACCCCCGGCACCUCUGACCUGGAGGCGGCCCUGCGACGCCUGUCUCUGCGCCGUGACAACUACCUCUCAGAAAAACGCUUCUUUGAGGAUGAGAGGGAGAGGAAGCUGUCAUACCUGUCCAAAGAGGAGGAAAAAGGAGGGGAGGAGGGCAGCAGGGGCCCAGGGACCCCCACCGAGAGCCUAUUGUCACUAUGUACCCACCCCUCCUUAGGGAGUGUGUGGUCUGGCUACACCUUCGCCACAAGGUCCUACCUGCCUGAGAAACUGCAGAUAGUGAAGCCGCUAGAAGGCUCUGCCACCCUCCAUGCCUGGCAGCAGUUGGCCCAGCCCCACAUGGGCGCUUUGCUCGACCAGCGGCCGGGCGUGGUCACCAAAGGCUUCCGUACGUUGGCUCAUGAGCAGGAGCAAGAGGCGUGGCCUCUGGACCAACCAGAGGAGGACGAGGCAUCAUGUGACUCGUUUGUGGGUGUGUCUGGUGAAAGCUGUGCCGUCAUGGAUAUGUGGCACGCGACGUCCACCCCGUACAGCACCGGUACAGACAACAGCCAAUCAGAGGCACCGCAGGGGAAAGAUGGGUGUGGCUUGGACAUAGAUCUCCCUUCCUGCAGCCCCGCCCCUUCCUGUCCUGUACCGUUAUCCUCAGAGAUGAACAGACAUGUGGACCUGAAGGAGCUCCAGACCCUUGAACCCGGAUCAGUGGACUGUAUACCUGUCCACUUCCCGGGGAAGUGCCUGUCUCACACCAGCUCCACCUACACCUUCACCACCUGUCGGAUCCUCCACCCCUCAGACCAGAUGACCUCCAUCUCCUCCAGCUCGGCCGUGGCCUCAUGUCAAAGCAGCAUGGGUUUGGCCACGCCCACUGCUGCCACUCCCCCUGUGCCAUUCUCAGCCCCGCCUACGCCCUCCUACACCCCCUGCGUCACCCCCCGCCGCCUCUCCCUGUCGCUGUCCCUGGCCGAGUCCUCCACCAACCUGAGGGACUCCACCAAGACCACCAGCACCUCCUUGGGCCUGGUGCGCCUCCUGCUGGAGCGCGGCAUCUCUGCGUCGGUGUAUGACCCCCGCAGCUGGGACCGCGGGUUGGACACCGGCGGGGCAUUGACCUCGGUGGGCGGGGCACUGGCGCAGAGGCGUGUUCGGCAUGUGGACGCCGAGGGCAGGCGGAGGCUGAAACGCCCGGACACCCUCCUGCUGCAGUUCACCUCCCCCCCCGACUCCCCCCCCACCUCCCCUCACUCAUGCUCCAGCUCUGCCUCCUCACGGCCAGUUUUCCAGUUCAGCCCAUGUCUGGACGAGGCGCCGUACCGUGACGCCUUUCUCGCCUCAAAGCCGGCGCGCACCAUCCUGAGGGAGGUGCUAGGGGAGGCGGAGAGGGAGCGAGGAGCCCCACCCCCUGAUGACGACGGACAAGCAGAGACAUUGAACCUGGGCCUCGUGGACAAACUGAAACGUUUCCGCACCUUGACGCAGCAGUCAGCUUCGGGCUCGCCGGGGGGGGCGCUGCUGGCCUCGUUGAGCUCCACUGGGCUGGGGGCGGGGCUACCGGGGCUCAACGCAGGCCUGAGGAGGAAUCGCAGCUAUCCUGCCAUGGUGGGGGCCAGUAUGGCUAUGAAAGACCCAGGAGGCCCCCCAAGCACAGAAAUACUUAUCCCCCACACCCCCCCUCCAGAAAUGGACAAAACGCACAUGAAUGCGGUCAAACUCAAACUUCAGACGGUUCAAUCAGAGGAUACCGUCAGAUCACGGACAACGAUGCAAACGCCACCAAAACAACGACUGCUGGCAGCAGCCAAUCACAACCAGACCUGGACGUAAACAGGAAGAGAAUCAGCCAAUAGCACGGUGGAGGGGGAGGGAUCGACCAAUGUGUCUCCAGUAGAACCAAACAGGAGAACGGUACUGAACGGAACCUGGUUCAACCCUGACCCUGUACCAAGGGAUCAGCACCCGUUCAGUCCAUGACCCCUGUGGGUCUUAGGUCGACCUCAUCCAGGUCCAGGUCCAGUUUUCACUUACGACGUUUUCACUGAAUAAAAAAACUGUGAAACCAGUGAAAUAAUGAAGACGCUUGUCUGCGUCACAAUUCAAACCAAAUAAUUUAUCACUUUAAAAGAAAAAGAAUAAAUUAAAAUAUUGAGGAUUAGAUUCAGAAUCAGUUGAGCCCUGGUCCAAAAGACACAUAAUUAACUGAACAGAACCAGACCUGUUUCAGACCCGGGUCAAACCAGGUCCCGACGUGGUUGAAACCAGGUCCGGACCCGGUUCAGAUGUGGUCCAGACCCACACCCACUGACCUGUCUGGUCAUUGGUAUCGGGUCCAUCUGGUCUCAUCCCAUCUGUGCGGCGCUGAAUAACCUGGUGUGGGCGGGUCCAGUGAUGAUGAGGAUGCUGCCUUCGUCCUUUAAACUGAAGAUGCUUUUUAUGCAAAAUACUGAGUCAUGUGACCUUUAAAGGACCAGUCCGACGACAGCGCUGCACAGAUAAUAAUAUAUAUAUAUAUAUAUAUAUAUAUAU